UCACAAGUGUGUAUACACUUGCUAGGACUAGCAACAAAAACUUCUUUAGUGGUUUAUUAAUUAUUUACGGAAAAUAAAUCAUGGCUGGAUUAAUAGCGUUUGGUGUACGCAAUAUUUGUUUAACAUUUCUUGUCUCCUUCAUGUUACGUGCGAAUGCGCAGACAGUAACCGGAAAUGGUGUUCAAAAUAUAAUAGUGCCGAUGUGUCAGAAUUUUCUACAUUAUAACCAAACAACGUUACCAAACGAUGCUGGCCACGCGUCACAGGUUGAAGUUUACAGGCAUAUCGAACAUUUCUGGCCGUACAUGGACUAUGGGUGUUCCGUGAACUUCCGGCAGUUUGUGUGCUCCUUGUACCUUCCACGGUACGACGUCCAAGACGGAGCUGUGACCGGACCCUGCAAAGAGAUGUGCAACCACGCGAAAAGGAAGUGCAAAAAGGUCAUGAAAGAUGCCCGCUUUCGUUGGCCGCAGGAAUGGAGAUGCAAUAGGCUCACCUCAAUUAGACGUAACCGGGAUGCCAACUGUUUUGGGCCGUGGCGUGAACCACGAGUACGUCGAAAUCAAAACCAGAUGCAUAUGUACUGUUCGCCAAUUACCUUGGAUCAGUGCCAAGAUCUUCACUAUGUUCUCGGCUCGCUGCCAAACAGAUAUCUGCAGAGGAAUAUCUCGGAAAUUCAAGUGGAAUUAAACUACUACAAUCCCUUAAUUGCGACCUCUUGUCACGCGAAUCUUCGUCUCUUCCUUUGUGGCACAUUCAACCCGUUCUGUGUCCAUAACGAGAAUCCGUUCACCACGCCAUGCAGAGAGUUCUGUGAAGAAGUCGAGGGCUCAUGCGCAGACAGCUUUGCACUACUGUACGGUGGACUCCCGUGGCCGAACAAGCUCCAGUGUCACCGAUUUCCGGCGGCGGAGAGUGGAGAAAGCGCCCACUGUUUUAUGCCCAACGACUUAACGAUUUCACGUUGAAAACUUCGCAAAGUGCACGAGCUAUUUCUGGAAAUGGUUUAAACAAUUUGACUUUAAAAUUACGGGAGACUUUUUAAUAUAAAGGGGUAUUUUCCAUUUCGUAGUACAUCAACACAAUUUUAGAACGUGUAAUAAAUGAAACAAUUAUUAUAUCUAAGAUGGAUCGGUAGCCACUUUACUUAUCAUGUAUGUUAGUCGUGGGGAACUAUUGUUAUGGUUUAUAUUAAACCAAUAGUCCCCUUUAAAAACAAAGUGUAAAACAAUGUACACAAUAUUAUGCAUGCAAUAUAUUAUUAAAAACGUCUGUUUG